CAGAACAACGUGCUUUCCAAUAUGUUGGCCAUAUAAACAAAGGGAGAAACGCCGACCAGCGGCAUUAGGCAUCGAACAGUUGGUUUAGGUGGAUGCGUUACUCGCCGCCGCCGACGGAGUAGUGCGACCUCGUAGUGCUAUCGUUCGUCAUUGUAACAGAUCCAUCGAAUAUUAGCUUGUUGAAGGUGAGGAGCCAAUCAGUGCAGUUCGCUUGCUGUAUUCUUUUGCUGGAGUGCGUUUCCCAAAGUGUGUUGGUGUGUCAUUAGCGCAUUAGCUGGUUUGUUAGAGCUGACACGGAUAAACAAUAGUUUCGGAUUCACCAUCAACCGUCGUGCAUUGAGCGGGCAGGUGAUAACCAGAACGAGAUUUUAACCAGUGAUCUUUAGGUUGCAGAUAGGUGUAGUGACAAUUAAUCCGCCUGCAUCAAAGAUGCGGACAGUCAAGUCGGUCGCGGUAGUGAUCUGUUGGUGUGCGUUGAUCGGUCUCUUGCCAGAUGGCAUUGGCGCUGCCCAACCGGAAUCGAGUGCUACCGGUGAAGAGCGGAUCUUGCAGCGCAAAAGCGAUGACCCGAUCGGCGUACCCGAUGCUCAUUACCCUUACGACAACUCGUCGAUACUGCAGAAACAGCGUGCCUACCAGCCGGAUGUUGGCGAGCUGGAUUUCGUGUACCACAACCACGAUGAAAUGACGCGGUACCUGCGGGCGACUACGGCGCGCUACCCAAACCUUACGGCCCUCUACUCGAUCGGCAAGUCGGCUCAGGGCCGGGAUCUUUGGGUGCUCGUCGUAUCGGCGUCACCGUACGAGCACAUGCUCGGCAAACCGGACGUCAAGUACAUCGGUAACAUUCACGGUAAUGAGGCGGUCGGACGAGAACUGCUGCUACACUUGGCACAGUACCUGGUGUCGAGUUACGCCUCGGAUCCGUACAUCAAGUGGCUGCUCGAUAACACCCGCAUUCAUUUGCUGCCCUCACUCAACCCGGACGGCUACGCUGCGUCCAAGGAGGGCACAUGUGACGGUGGCCAGGGCAGGUACAACUCGCGCGGUUUCGAUUUGAACCGCAACUUCCCGGACUACUUCAAGCAGAAUAACAAGCGGUCUCAGCCGGAAACCGAAGCGGUGAAAGACUGGAUCUCCAAGAUACAGUUCGUGCUGAGCGGAUCGCUGCACGGGGGGGCGCUCGUCGUCAGCUAUCCCUACGACAACACACCCAAUGCCAAAAUUUGCCGUUCAUCGUCAACCUGUGCCGUCUUCCACAGCUACCUGUCGCAACCAUCGCUAACGCCCGAUGACGACGUGUUCAAGCACCUGUCACUGACGUAUGCCAACAACCAUGGCAAAAUGUCGCGCGGUGUUGCCUGCAAGACCGCGUCACCAUCCUUCGAGAAUGGCAUCACGAACGGGGCAGCCUGGUAUCCGCUCACCGGAGGCAUGCAGGAUUUCAACUACGUCUGGCACGGUUGCAUGGAGGUGACGCUCGAGGUGUCGUGCUGCAAGUUCCCACCGGCAUACGAGCUGCGGAAGUACUGGGACGAUAAUCAGCUGUCGCUGCUGAAAUUCCUGGCCGAGGUGCACCGCGGUGUGCAGGGUUUCAUUGUCGAUCCGACCGGCAAUCCGGUCGAGCGGGCCCAGCUCAAGAUCAAGGGCCGUGACAUCGGGUUCACCACGACCAAGUACGGCGAGUUUUGGCGGAUACUGAUGCCGGGCGUCUACAAGCUGGAGGUGUUUGCCGAUGGUUUUCUGCCGAAGGAGAUUGACUUUAUGAUCGUGGAGCAGCACCCGACGCUACUCAAUGUCACGCUGCAACCGUCAAAGCGGACAACGCAUACCAUUGUACAGAUGCCCUUUUCCUCCCCUAACACGCAAUCGGAAGUGAGUUUUGGCGACACCGAAACGGUGUCCAAUAUUGAAGGAGUAAAGGACCUAGUCCAGCUUCCUGUUACAAGCCCCGUGCAGCAGAUGCCCGAUGUAGCUGCCAGCGUGUCACUGCCCGCGAACACACCCAGCGGUGACGGCAAAACCGACGGUAUUAGCGCGAGUGGGGGUGAUCGUCUCAUAUUCACACCCUGAGCCGCUAUUCUAGUACGCUCUGACGCUGCCGUCGCCAUCGUUGUCGUCGUGGUCAUCGUUCCGUGGGGCUCGUGAUCGUUUAUGUUAGCUUAACCGCUGUAUCGUGUACAUAGUUCGAGAAACCGCCCCCGGACGGAAGCGUUAGCACUGGUUUUUAGUUUCAAAAGGUAUCAAAGGUGUCGGUAGUCAUAGGAUUCAUGCGACGGUUCUUUUGGGAUGCUCUGGUGUCAAGUACACGGUAAAAAAAAAGUUCAAACCUGUUACUCACCUUGCUUAAAUUUAUAGACAAGUUGCGAAUAAGUGUACCACUUAAGUCAAGUCACCCUUUUCUUUGAUUAGUUUAAACAUAUUUCUUGUUGUCCACGUUCCUAGAACGGACGUUCAAUGAGGUAAACAUAAUGACUGCCUUCGCCUACUAUAAAUCUUUUAGACCCAUGUAAAUAAAAAGCGAUGGUUCCAGUGCUUGAUUCUAGAACAGA